GGAUUUUGGCUGCCAGAGACAGCGCGUCGAGCUUGACAAUCCCCUUUUCCCCAAUCCGAACUGCACGAUGGCCGGCAUCUUCGAGCAGCCCCGCAACGCGGGCACCCUGUUUCUCGGCGGUCAGAAGAUCAGCGGUCAGGACAUCCGUGACCAGAAUGUCCACGCUACCCAGGCCAUCGCCAACGUCGUCAAGUCCUCCUUCGGCCCCUCUGGUCUGGACAAGAUGAUGGUCGACGACAUUGGCGACGUCACCGUCACCAACGACGGUGCCACCAUCCUCUCUCUCCUCGACAUCGAGCACCCGGCCGGCAAGAUCCUCGUCGACCUGGCGCAGCAGCAGGACCGCGAAGUCGGUGACGGCACCACGAGCGUUGUGAUCAUUGCGGCGGAGCUGCUGAGGCGGGCAAACGAGCUGAUGAAGAACCGGAUACACCCCACGACCAUCAUCACGGGCUACAGGCUGGCGCUGAGGGAGGCGGUGCGGUACAUGAGCGAAAACAUCAGCAUCAAGGUGGAGAACCUGGGCAGGGAGUCGCUGGUCAACAUCGCCAGGACGUCCAUGUCCUCCAAGAUCAUCGGCGCGGACGGCGACUUCUUUGCCGAAAUGGCCGUCGAUGCCAUGCAGGCCGUCAAGUCGGCCAACGGCAAGGGCGACAUCAAGUACCCCGUCAAGGCGGUGAACAUCCUCAAGGCGCACGGCAAGAGUGCCACCGAGUCGGUGCUGGUCAAGGGCUACGCGCUGAACUGCACCGUCGCGAGCCAGGCUAUGACGACGCGGGUCCAGGACGCCAAGAUUGCCUGCCUGGACAUCAACCUGCAGAAGGAGCGCAUGAAGCUGGGCGUGCACAUCACCAUUGACGACCCGGAGCAGCUGGAGAAGAUCCGCGAGCGCGAGUCGGCCAUUGUCCUCGAGCGCAUUGAUAUGAUCCUCAAGUCUGGCGCCAACGUUGUCCUCACGACCAAGGGCAUCGACGACCUGUGCCUGAAGGAGUUCGUCGAGCGCGGCGCCAUGGCCGUGCGGAGAUGCAAGAAGGAGGAUCUGCGGAGGAUAGCCAAGGCGACGGGCGCCACGCUCGUCAGCUCGCUGUCAGACCUGAACGGCGACGAGAAGUUUGAGGCGUCGAACCUGGGCCACGCGGAGGAGGUUGUGCAGGAGCGCAUCUCGGACGACGAGUGCAUUCUGAUCAAGGGCACCAAGGUGCACAGCUCGGCGUCGGUCAUUCUGCGCGGUGCCAACGACUACUCGCUCGACGAGAUGGAGCGCUCGCUGCACGACUCGCUCAUGGCCGUCAAGCGCACGCUCGAGAGCGGCAGGAUAGUGCCGGGUGGUGGUGCCGUCGAGACGGCCCUGCACAUCUACCUCGAGGAGUGGGCUACCUCUGUCGGCUCCCGCGAGCAGCUGGCCAUUGGAUCAUUCGCGCAGUCGCUGCUGGUGAUUCCGACGACGCUAGCAGUCAACGCGGCCAAGGACUCGUCGGAGCUGGUUGCGCAGCUGCGAUCGCGGCACGCGGUGGCGCAGCGCACGACCAACGACCCGAACGCGCCGGCGGCCGAAAAGGACGCAGCCAAGAAGAAGGACUACAAGAACUACGGGCUGGACCUGACGCGGGGCAAGCUGACGGACCAGAUCAAGGCGGGCGUGCUGGAGCCCAGCAUGAGCAAGGUGAAGCAGCUCAAGAGUGCUGUCGAGGCUUGCAUCGCUAUCAUGCGCAUCGAUACCCUGAUCAAGUUGGAUCCGGAACAGCGGGCUGAGGAUGAUGGCCAUGGCCACUAGAUGCGGUGAGAGCUGCUGGUGAGACGGCUGGCGCGGGAGAGAGAAGGGGAGGGGGCUGCUGCUGUCGCUGCUGUUGUUGUGGCGGCAGCGCUAUGUCUAGAUCAUGUAGACGAGCUAGUGUGGUGAACGAAAAAAGAAAUGUGAUAAUAUCAUGACAG